AUGAAGGACGCCCUCUAUGAAACGAUAACGCCUGCAGAUUCAACUAACGUUCCGCCAGGUCAGCCAGGCCGCAAGCUCUUCUCAUCUGCUGGCUGGAUUCGCUGGUACUUACUAGGUGCAAUUGUGUAUGCCGCAGGUGCAAUUGCUGCUGCCGUUUGGAUUUUGCUUGGACCAAGAUUAAAUAAUGUGGAAGUUGUCCUUCGCGUCUUUAAUGUCCAAGUCAAGCAGCUGUACUCAAGUUUAGCCCUCUCGUGCCUGCUCACACCCGCUGCGAUAAUCAUUCGACGUCUGGCAUAUGAUAUUGCACUUCUUCAACCUUUGGCAAUUGCUUCGGCCAUGCCAAUGCGGCUCUCUCAUCUCGAUGCUGCUAUGGAUCCUGGCCUCUGGGCCGCCAUUCAAUUGCGGCCAUACUCGGGCUUGGCAACCUUCUCGCAGAUCUUCUUGUUGAUUUGUGGAGCCACUCUUGUGCCAGUGGGAACACUGAUGCUUACUACAGGCCAGUUCAACCCCCCUGCUGAGCGGACCGCGGUGGUCGGUAUGCCAAUCCUAACACAGACCCCAUUCGUCAAUGUCAACGAUACCACAGGCCUCCCCACAGUGAUGGACAUCUUUGAUGCAGAUAGAUUGGCUCAAGACCUGUUUGUGCAACCUGUGGUGAAUACAGUCGUUGGAGUGAUCACCCAGCAGAUGGGCAAGCUUUCGCUUGUCAAUCAAACCUUGGGACCUAUCCCCAGCGCAAAUUUCACCUACGAGGACGGUGUGAUCUACCAUGGUGUUGUCACAUACACGUGGCGGGGUGGUUGUGCAUUUACGAAUGAGACAAAGGUCAACAUUGAAGGAGAACCAUUUGGCGAAUCCGGCCAGACUUUCAAUGCCACCAUCGAUUUUCCAGAUGAUUCCUUACCGCCUCGGCAGAUCACCUUUCCUCAGUUCGUCAUGUAUAACACUACGGUCCCCGGUGCAGACGGCCUGGAAAAGAAUAAUUUUGUGUCCUAUUUCGUGGUUGGUGGGGUCGGCAACUACACUGUCAACUGGAAUUCACUUCCAAGGGGCACGACGCGCACUGAUCGAGCUUGGAUAUCGUCCUUCAAGUGCACACCGAGCUUUGAAUGGAACAUUGCAAGUUGCACCUACAAGAACGGCAGCAUGACAUCAUGUAUGCCAACUCCUGGGAAGAACGUGACCUUGCUUGACGAAGCGAGUCUCAAUUUACUUCCAGCAUAUUUCACCAGGCUACCUGGGAUUAUCACCGAGUUAGACCUCGGCCUCGGGAACCGACCCCUGAUCUCCGUCCCAACCCUAGCCGAUUUGCACUAUGACCCAAUCUACGUCCGAGCUUGCCAACCACAAGACUUCGACAAAGUCUACGGACUGUUCGCUCAGUCCAUCGCAGCAAUCACAUCCGCAGGCUAUAUUGGCAGCGCCGAGGUCCCCACAUCACUCUUACCAACCAGCCGGGUCUACAUUGCACGCAUCUACAUCAUAGCCAUCGUGCUCUUCAUUCUGAUCAUGGCACCCGCAAUUGCAAUAAUCGACAUGCUGGUGAUGACCCGCAGAGGUUGGCCUCUGCACAAAGCGACAUUUUUGACCAUUGCAAAUGCCGUUCGCGGCCCUUGGUGGGAUAAGCUGAUGUGGGGAUACUGCGCUCUGUCGCCGGAAGAGCUACAGGCUACACCUGAACUGGCCAAGACAUAUGUCAUGUUCGGUGCGGAUGAGACCUGUCCACAACAUGUUGGCCUGGCUCGAGAUGUUACGCCUAUUGAGAAGGAGAGGCUUUACUUUGGAAUAGACAAGGAGAAGUUGACGUAG